CCCCGGCAGAGCGAAGUGUUCCCCAGUAGCGUCUUAAGGGCGGAGCAUAUCAACCUACGGCGCAGCCGGUUGGCAGCUUCAGAGUGCGAACUCGCCAAUCAGAACACUGAAUGGGCGGGCCCUGUCGGACUAGCGGUGAGGAAAAAACCCAAAACACAGCGCGUCUCCGGCACUGUGUUACCGGGGCGAGCGCGGGCCGGACCGGCAGAGCAGAGCGGGAACAGCGGACCCCCUGACCCCCUUCUGACCUUCACCCGGGACCACCCGGCCGAUCCCUGAAGUAUGACCGAGCAGGAGUUGGCCACCCACCAAAGCUUCCUCCGUAUUCAGAUGGACGCCAACCUGCAGUCGAUGCACGUUGGAGCCGUGAUGCGGAAGGUGAAAUCCCGCACCUGGAAGAAGCAGCGCUACUUCCGCCUGCAGGAUGACUGCGCCACCAUCUGGUACAAGAGCAAAAAAGCAGGCAACGCCCACUCCACCUUCUCCAUCAGUGAUGUGGAGGCAAUUAGAGAGGGUCAUCAGUCUGAAGUCCUGCUCAGCAUCGCAGGCGAGUUCCCCGCGGACCGCUGCUUCACCCUGGUGUUCCGCGGUCGGCGCAACAACCUGGACCUGGUGGCUGAGUCAGCGGAGGAGGCGCAGUCAUGGGUCAAAGGCAUGAGGAAGCUCAUCGAGAGCCUGGAGAACAUGGAUGAGCAGGAGAAGCUCGACCAGUGGAUCAGCGACUGGUUCAAGAAGGCGGAUAAGAACGGAGACGGCAGGAUGAACUUUAAGGAGGUCAGAGACUUGCUGAAGAUGAUGAACAUGGACAUGAACGAGGAUCACGCACACCGCCUGUUCACGAAGGCGGAUAAGUCUCAGUCGGGCACCCUGGAGGACGACGAGUUUGUGUUGUUCUAUAAGAUGCUGACGCAGAGGGAGGAGGUGAACAAGAUCUUUCAGGAAUACUCCAGCGAUGGACAGACAUUGUCGCUCCGAGAUUUGGAAGAGUUCUUGCGAGAGGGCCAGCUGGAGCAGGAACGAGUACAGGAACACGCCAUGGAGCUCAUAGAGCGCUACGAACCAUCUGACACAGCUAAGACGCGCCAGGCCAUGACGAUCGACGGGUUCCUGAUGUACCUGCUGUCGUCGGAGGGCUCCGUCUUUAAGCCGGCCAUGCAGCAGCUGUAUCAGGACAUGAGCCAGCCGCUCUGCCACUACUUCAUCUCCUCCUCGCACAACACCUACCUGAUGGGGGACCAGUUCCGGGGGAGCAGCAGCGUGGAGGCGUACAUACGGGCUCUGAAGCGCGGCUGCCGCUGUGUGGAGGUGGACAGCUGGGACGGUCCGAACGGAGAACCCGUCGUUUACCACGGACACACUUUCACCUCCAAGAUCCUGUUCAGAGACGUCAUCACUGUGAUCGGCAACUACGCCUUCAAAACCUCGCAGUACCCGGUGAUCCUGUCCAUAGAGAACCACUGCAGUGUGGAGCAGCAGAGGACCAUGGCUCUGCACCUCACCCGCAUUCUGGGGGACAAACUGCUGAGGAACACGCUGGAGGGCAAAGCCUACAGCGGCCUGCCCUCACCUGAGGACCUGAAGGGUAAAAUCCUGCUGAAAGGGAAGAAGAUUGGCGGUCUUGAGGAGAGUCUGAGCGGGGUGGUGGAAGAUUCUUUGGCGGCGGAGGUCAGCGAUGAAGAUGACGCCGCAGAAAUAGACGAAGAAAAUGACAUCGUCCGCCGCAGACCUAAGAAAUCGAAGCAGCGUUUGUCUAAAGAGCUGUCGGACUGCGUGGUGUACUGCAAGAGUGUCCGCUUCAACAGCUUCAAGCACUCGAGCGUCCACUCCAAGUUCUACGAGAUUUCCUCCUUCACUGAGUCCAAAGCCAAGAAGCACAUAAAGGACGCAGGAGCCGAGUUUGUGCAUCAUAACGCCCGGCAGCUGACCCGAGUUUAUCCCAAUGGCAUUAGAACCGACUCCUCCAACUUUAACCCACAGGAGAUGUGGAACGCAGGGUGCCAAAUUGUUGCUCUGAACGUCCAGACGGCCAGCACAGAAAUGGACCUGAACGAUGGCCUGUUCAGUCAGAACGGUCGCUGCGGUUACGUGUUGAAGCCGGCGUUCAUGCGCAGCAUGGAGAAACAGUUCGAUCCUGAUCAUCCUGAGACCCAAGACGGAUACAGGCCUGUGAAACUCGCAGUAGAGGUGAUCAGUGGUCAGCAGCUGCCGAAGGUGAACCUAAAGGAAGGCUCUAUCGUAGAUCCGUUGGUCCGCCUGGAGAUACACGGCGUCCUGAAGGAUCAGGCCAAGCAGGAGACCCGAUACAUUGACAACAACGGCUUUAACCCAGUGUGGCGUGAGACUCUCAAGUUCACCAUCCACGUUCCUGAACUUGCCCUGGUGCGCUUUGUAGUGGAGGACCAUGACAAGACGUCCAAGAACGACUUCAUAGGACAGUAUACACUGCCUUUCUCCUGCAUACAGCAAGGAUAUCGGCACAUCCACCUCCUGUCUAAAGACGGCACCAGCAUCCCGCCAUCCUCUCUCUUUGUUCAUAUCAGGAUCAAGGAGGGAACUUAACACCUGCUCACGGCGUUACAGAGACACGAAAGGCUUUCACAGACAGUUCCAAGUCUUCCCAAGUCACCAUCAUCAUACUGACCACGCAUUGCAGAUGGUAUAUGGUGUAGCGUAACUAGAAAUAGGUUCAUUUUCAGUUAAAGCUGGUCGCUGGGAGUCGAAUAUAACUGAUGUAGAAGUAACAUAAUCAAUAGAUAGAGCAAGAAAUAGUGCGCCAAAUAUUUUUAAAAACUAUUAGACUAAUGCUUGUGUGGCAAAAGCAGUGAGUUUAAUCUCUAAUACCCUUCAGUCCAAUGUGUUGUCUUAGCUAUGCUUCUACUAUAGGUAAGAAUUCCGACUUUAGGGCUUAUAGGGCUUGUGGUGCUUUCUGGUUUUAUGUUGCAUGCCACCGACUGACCAUUGGUCACAUGACUUUUUGCCUAUGCAUAAUGUCCAACUCUCCAAACAAAGUGCAGGUGGUGCUGCGUCCCAGCCAAUCAGGGACAGGGGCCUAGAUGAAUGCUUGUCAAUGAGGGGACAUAUCAUGGGGAACCAUAAGGGUCCUAAAAACACUGUAAAAGUUUCAAAAUGCCCCCGCAGUCUGUUUAACUAAGCUUGAAAAAUCAGCCGCUUUGAGUUCAUUGUUCUUGUGAUGUCACACACGUAUUUACAUACCGGCGCAUUUACAUACGAUAGGAUGUGGUUAUUUAUUCAGCCUGCAGCAGUUUAGCUCCGCCCAUUCACACUGAAGUUAUAAGGAGUGUUUCGGAAUGUGACAUAAUACAGGAAAGCCAAUCAGAACAGAGCUCAUUUACAUACAGUCGUACAUAAAUGGCAUGUUGGGCUGAUUUCCUAAUGAAAAUAAGUUGCCACAACCUCCAUAGAGAACACACUUCUGCACAAUUACUGUUUAUUUGAAUUGAACGUAUUGGAAUCAACAGGAAAGCAUAAAACAUGGCCUGUGAAAAAGUUAUAGCACUUAUGUUUUAGCUUUUUUUCCCCCAAGAUGUCAAACUCAGCAAAUAAACUGAAACUGAAUCCCAAACGGCUCCGUACUCCCUAGGUAGUGUGCUGUGUAACGUUAAGUUUAGAAAUGCUAGGCUCUGCAGUCAAGCAGUGCAUCAUUCAUCAAGAUUGGACGUGUCUGAAUCCCAAACGACUGUUUCUUAGCUGCAUUUUGCUCUGCUGGGCUGCAGGAUCCAGUACUUAAACUCCUACGUAGUGCACUAUGUAGGGAGCAGGGAGCCGUCUGAGAGUCUAAAUCUAAAUAAAGAGUCUUGGUGGUAAUUUGGUGACCAAAAGGUGCUUAUAAAGUGAACGUUUUUACAUUAAACAGUGCUGCGUUAUCAUAUGUUCAUUAUUAUACGACCAAAAGUUAAACCGUUCAUGAAGAGACUGCAGUAAAUAUUGACGGGAGACUUUCUCCUCAGUCAGCAGUCCAUGGCUGCUUGGCAAUGAUACCACACACUAAGGGAACUACAUUUCUUGGCAGAAUACUAUGGUGUUAAAUUAUUUCAUAUUCAAUAUCAUCAUAUUUUAUGUCGGCAGCCACACGUUACAGUAGCUUUAUCACUUCACAUUGUGCCUCAGAACAAUCCUGGGGUAAAAGCACAGUAACGCAUGGCCUCUCGUGGCUCAUUGCAUUAUUAACAAAAACAGCCUGUAUAAUCAUAAAUAGGGCUCAAAAAUUUGGGGAUAAUAUCUAAUUGCGAUUUUUCUGAAAAAUAUUCUGGUUGCAGUUUAAAUGUGGUUAUUUUUGUGAAUUGCGCUCCUAUUUUUGCUAGCCUAUCCACUUUUCACAGCUCAAUAGCUUUUUAUUUGAAUAAUGUAUAUAAUUAAAAUUAACGUUAAUUUUUAAAAUCACGAUUUCGAUACUGCAGCUAUUUAUCCCUUCAUAACAUCACAAGUCGAUUUCAAAUGAAAGAAAAAUGUAGUCAGGGAUGCAGGAAGGUGUUUUAUUCAGCGAAUAUGUGACAUGAUGUGUGAAUGAUUCGGCUAUUUUUUUAUUGAAUUUGCUAAUUAACGUUGACCAGAACACAUAAUCAAUCAAGCCACUGACACACAUAGUUUCUUUGCUGCCUCGAUCUGGUCAAACUGUACGCAAGUGAAGUGAGUGGCGGCCAGUCAGAUUACAACUAAUAUAAGCUUCAGGACUUCUUUUAUUAUUAAUAUUUUUUUCAGUCCUGAAAUCAGGGGGCGCUGCCGGACCGAAAGAAGAUCUUUUGGGCCAAUUCUGUUAUACACUCAUUCUGACGUACACUGAGCUACGAAGUCUAUCAUUUCACCCUAGAACAUCAAGAGAACCUCAAAAAAAUCAAUAUCACUGACAGAUGUUUCGCCACCUCAGCAUCAAAGUUGGCGAAUUCAACCUUUUUGACAAAUUAUGCCCAUUAGAAUAAACUGCUAUAAAUGUUUAUGUAGGUUUAUGUCAGUUGUUAUGAAGGGUACAUGUAGGUGUCUUGUAAGAUGGUUCCUCAAGGGUUCUUUUGUAGACAGUGGUUCUGUGUAGAAUCAUAAACAUUCAAAGAACCAUUUGC